AUGCUGAGUUUAGGCCGUGUUUUUGGUUUUUGCCACGAUUAUUGCGCCAAUUCCGGCAAGCGCCACUACACACUAGAACUUUACUCAUCUUCAUGUGGGGUGCAUUACUACAUCACCCGCAUACAAUCACAAUUCACGCAUCCAGCACUUAAACCAGCAUCGCCAAAGAAGACCUUCAAAAUGAACUACACAUAUCCAGAAGCCGCUGAUUUCCAGCAUUCAUUUGAAACAUCCUCUACCAAUACUAACAGCUUGAUGUUUUCUCAAAAUGAUCAACUUCAGGUGCAACAUCUCGCUCCAAAUCGUCUUAUCAACAAUCAAUAUAACAUGGGUCAAGGCCCUUUUAUUGCACCAGAUCAUUCAUUUGAUACGAGUACUCCUGCUAUUUAUCCAAAUGCUCGUCACAAUCAGGAUCAUAGAAUGAAUCUAAAUCAAUACAAUUCUAAUACCUUCAAUCGACAAAAUUCUAUUUCUACGGAUCCACAACCCUCAAACAGUAUGAAUCAAGAUAACACUUUUAAUCACACAUUAGACCAUCUUAUUGAUCCCACCACUCGGCAAAGUAGUUUUGAUAUCAAUCAAGCUCAUCUACAUCAUCAAAUUGAUACAAAUCAAGAUCACGUUAAUCAAACAUUGAAUCGAAUUGAAAAUCAUAAUCACAAUCAGCUUUCGGUUCCUAAUCCUCAACGUGCAACUAUCCCUAUCAAUAUCAAUGCUAUUGAAACCAAUCGUGUAUUAUCUGAAAGAGCCCCAGACGCAUCAGUUUCACGCUUCCAACAACCAUCUCUCGCGCAGCAAAAAGCGUCAUCGCGAGCCAGAAAAUCGAAGGCUACUCAAGAAAAUCCAGCCAAAAAGCAACAAAAUCCAACCGAAAAGCAACAAAAUCCAACCGAAAAGCAACCUACACAUGUAGGCAAAUCAACAACAGCCACGAAGAGCUCUAAGGCUAUCGUUGAUGAAUUUCUAGCUCCAUCGUUCCGCUUACCUGAUGAUAUAUCACUUCCAGACAACUAUACAGUUGAACAGUUGUUCAAUAACUUUGAUGCUGUAGAGCUUAGAACGAUGGCCGACAAGCAUAGCCGAGGGGACGGUACAAAGAAAGGUGUAAUGUCAAACACCAAAAAGAAAAUACUCCGCGACUUUCAUCAUUCCACCGAGAAGCUUCUCGCAAUCUUGUGCAUACAUCUUGGAAUAUCACAAGAUGUCGCGGCAACUGAAGUGGAUCCCAGAAAGUGA